AUGUCUCCCUCGUCACCUCCCUCCCCGCCAACCAAACACACGAAACAACAAAUCAACCUCCUCCGCGGCUGGCCCUCCCCCGCCCUCCUCCCCGCGGCUCUCCUCUCCUCCGCCACCCAGCGCAUCCUCGCCUCGCCCGCCACCAGCGUGCCCCUCCUGCAAUAUGCCCCGGACGAGGGCUACCAGCCGCUGCGCGAGCGCCUAGCCGAGUGGCUGGCCCGGCAUUACGGCGUCGAGCCGGACGCGAAUCGGAUCUGCGUCACGGGGGGCGCGAGCCAGAACCUCGCGUGCAUCCUGCAGAGCUUCACCGACCCCGGGUGGACGAGGGCCGUCUGGAUGGUCGCGCCGUGCUAUCAUCUUGCGGGGGCCAUCUUUGAGGAUGCCGGGUUUCGGGGGAGGCUGAGGGCGGUGCCGGAGGAUGAGGAGGGCGUUGAUGUUGGCGAGCUGGAGAGGAGGAUGGAGGCGUGGGAGAGGGAGGAGGAGCAGAAAGGGGGGCCAUUCAAAGACCCAGGCCCCUUUCGAAAGCUCUACCGCCACGUCAUCUACGCCGUCCCAACCUGCUCCAACCCCUCGGGCAAAACAAUGUCCCUCGACCGCCGCCAGGCCCUCGUCCGCAUCGCCCGCAAGCACGACGCCCUCAUCAUCAGCGACGACGUCUACGACUUUCUCCAAUGGCCCCUCUCCUCCAGCGGCUCUCCUCUUACUCCCGAGCGCCCGCCGGAAAUGAGGCUGCCCCGGCUGUGCGACGUGGACAUGGCCAUGGGGCGCGCGGACAAUGACCCCAAGGGGUUCGGCCACGCCGUGAGCAACGGGUCGUUUAGCAAGAUUGCCGGCCCUGGAGUGAGGACGGGCUGGGCGGAGGCGACGCCGGCGUUUGCGCUGGGGUUGUCAAAGACGGGGUCGAGCAUGUCUGGUGGUGCGCCGAGUGGGCUCUGCGCGGGCAUGAUGGCGGAUUUGCUGGAGAGCGGGGAGCUGGUUGAUUUCAUCGAGACCAAGACGAGGCCUGCGCUGCAGAGGAGGCAUAGGAUCAUGAUGGAUGCGGUGAGGGAGCAUCUGGAGCCUCUUGGGGUGGUGGCGCGGGAGUCGAGUGGAACGGGGGAGGAGGGCGUCUACGGCGGGUAUUUUGUGUGGCUUACGUUGACGAGGGGGCCGACGGCCGUGAUGGUUUCGGACGCGGCGCUCAAGGAGGAGAAUGUCAUUGUGGGGAGGGGCAACAUGUUUGCUGUGAAGGGGGAUGAAGACGGGGCGAGGUUUGAUGAGAAUAUCAGGCUGUGUUUCUCUUGGGAGCCGGAGGAGGAUCUGGUGGAAGGGGUCAAGAGGCUUGGGGAGCUGAUUGGGAGGAUGCAGGGCGACACGGAUCACUAUGAGAGGCUGGCGGCUCAGACCAAGGACAGCGAUCGUCCGGUGAGCAGUUGGGUAUGA